AUGGCUCAUUUGUUAGCCUAUGAUACUUGUUCUCAUUUAAGUAGGGCCUUUUUCAAUUACCCUUUUAUUUCUUCCUCUGAGGCUAACAGAAGCAUUGGAUUCACUCUUAAAGCCUGCUCUGAUGCCAAUGCUGGUGAUAAUGUUAAUAGGGUCUUUGUGAAGGAAAAGAAAAAGCUUUAUGGUUUUCCUUCUCUUACUCACCCACCCUUGUUAGGUGAUUUAGAGAAUGGUAUUUCUGUUCAAGGUAAACCUCUGGGUGGAAGUCCCUCCAAACCCUUUUGUUUCCCUGAUCAACAAUUACCCCAGAAACUUGUUGUUGCUGUUGAUGUUGAUGAAGUAUUAGGAAACUUUGUCUCAGCUCUGAACGAGUUCAUAGCAGAUCGAUACUCAUCAAAUCAUUCAGUUUCUGAGUAUCAUGUGUAUGAGUUCUUCAAGAUAUGGAACUGUUCACGUGACGAAGCAAAUACUCGUGUUCAUGAAUUUUUCGAGACAUCAUACUUCAAGUCAGGGAUCCAACCUAUCCCAGGUGCUCUGACGUCCUUGCAGAAGUUAUCAAGAUUUUGUAACCUAUCAGUUGUAACAUCUCGGCAAAAUGUGAUCAAGGAUCACACAAUUGAGUGGAUAGAGAAGCAUUUUUCAGGAUUGUUUCAGGAUAUUCACUUUGGCAACCACUUUGCUCUUGAUGGAGAGUCCAGACCGAAGUCAGAGAUUUGUAGGUCUUUAAAUGCUAAGGUUCUCAUCGAUGAUAAUCCAAGAUAUGCCAUAGAGUGCGCCGAAGCGGGAAUUGGAGUCUUACUCUUUAAUUAUGAAAACUCAUACCCUUGGUCCAAGACUGAUUUUGUUGAUCAGCAUCCCCUGGUGAUCAAAGUUAAGAACUGGGAAGAAGUUGAACAACAAUUGAUGCCAUUGACAGCUUUGUAA